GGGCGGGCGGCGGCGCCGUUAAAGGCCGACGGCGGCAGCAGCAGCAGCAGCGCGGGGCGGGCAGCGCGUAGGGGCUGGGUCGGCGCCGGCGGGGGAUCGAGGCAGAGCUAGGCGGCUGCUGCUGCUCCAGCCAACCCUCCACCUACCAUGUCGGGCACUCGAGCGUCCAACGACCGCAGCAGCCACCCCAGCGGCGGGGUGAAGCGGGCGCGCAGCGAGCCGGGCGGUAACAAAGUGACGGUGGUGCUGGGGGCGCAGUGGGGGGAUGAAGGCAAGGGCAAGGUGGUCGACCUGCUAGCCACAGAGUCGGACAUUGUGUGCCGGUGCCAGGGUGGGAAUAAUGCAGGCCACACUGUGGUUGUUGAUGGAAAGGAAUAUGAUUUUCACCUGUUUCCUAGUGGCAUUAUUAAUCCAAAGGCAAUUUCUUUUAUAGGUAAUGGAGUGGUUAUACAUUUACCAGGCCUGUUUGAAGAAGCUGAAAAGAACGAAAAGAAAGGUUUAAAAGAUUGGGAGAAAAGACUGAUUAUAUCAGAUAGAGCACACAUAGUGUUUGACUUUCACCAGGCAGUAGAUGGGCUCCAGGAAGUGCAACGUCAAGCACAAGAAGGAAAAAAUAUUGGCACAACAAAGAAGGGGAUUGGACCAACAUAUUCUUCCAAAGCUGCACGAACAGGCCUUCGAGUUUGUGACCUCCUUUCUGACUUCGAUGAAUUUUCUUCAAGAUUUAAAAAUCUGGCGCAGCAAUACAAGUCAAUGUUUCCCACACUGGAAGUGGAUAUAGAAGGACAACUGAAAAAGUUAAAGGGAUACGCUGAAAAAAUAAGACCCAUGGUUCGAGAUGGUGUCUAUUUUAUGUAUGAAGCUCUUCAUGGCUCCCCAAAGAAGAUCCUUGUUGAAGGAGCCAAUGCAGCAUUACUUGAUAUUGACUUUGGCACGUACCCAUUCGUGACUUCAUCGAACUGCACCGUAGGUGGUGUCUGCACCGGGCUUGGUGUUCCUCCCCAGCACGUUGGUGAUGUGUAUGGUGUGGUGAAGGCAUACACGACUCGAGUGGGAAUUGGAGCCUUCCCCACUGAGCAGAUUAAUGAAAUUGGGGAUCUUUUACAGUCCCGUGGCCAUGAAUAUGGGGUAACUACAGGCAGAAAGAGGCGCUGUGGCUGGUUAGAUCUGGUCAUUUUGAAAUACGCUCAUAUGAUCAACGGAUUCACUGCUUUGGCCUUAACAAAACUGGAUAUUCUUGAUGUCCUUGAUGAGAUUAAAAUUGGUGUUGCUUACAAACUGGGUGGAAAAAGAAUUCCUUAUUUUCCAGCUAAUCAGGAGAUACUACAGAAGGUGGAAGUAGAGUAUGAAACAAUGCCUGGGUGGAAGACUGACACAACUGGUGCACGAAAAUGGGAGGACCUUCCACCCAAGGCCCAGAAUUACAUCCGCUGUGUGGAGAACCAUGUUGGAGUGCCAGUUAAAUGGGUCGGAGUUGGAAAGUCAAGAGAGUCAAUGAUCCAGCUAUUCUAAACAAAUUAAGAACUUCAGUGAUGAGAAGUUUGAUUUAGCAUUAAUCUGCUCCUUAAUGCUUCCACUUUAAAUGGAGAUACUAAUUAGAACCAAAAUGUUCUUCUAGGAAUUGAAUAGAAACAAAGCAUUUUCUGUAUUAUAACAUUUUCUUUAUCUUUAAGUUCUCAGUAAAUUUGCUGUAAGAUCUCCUUGGUGGCUAUCAUAAAAAAAAAUUAAUAAAGUAUUCUUAACAAAAUAAGGAAAAAAUAUUUUUUUAAGUCAAGACAUGUUACUAUUUGAAUUGGUUUUCGUCCUUAUAGAGCUAUAUUGUCUUGCUGAAACCAGUAGUAAGCUACUAACAGUAGUAGCUGUUGGACAACUUUAGAAUUGUGAAGCUUGGAUUUGUUCUUCGACUUGAAAUGUUAAAAUGUUUAUGUAUCUGAGUUGGCAGUAGUAAGACAGAUAACAUGUACUUAAAUUGGUUGGAUUGUACAGAUUUUCAGUUUCUAAAAUACUGUUAAGUUGGGUAUUUUUGACUGCACAAGGCAAACAUAAUUAUCAGGACUUUUAAUAUCAAUUUUUAAUGCCCCACUAAAUAGAAUGGAGAGCAGCUCAAGUAUUUUUAUCGCAGACUCUGUUCUAGUAACUGAGAACAUGUAACAAGGGGGCAAAGUGGGGAAAGUUGGCCUAAGAAUUCUUCCAAAUGUCCUAUGUACUCAGAGGCAAUCCCUCUGGAGUCAGUCGGGUGCGCUGUCUUUAGUUUAUGCAGUAGGGAAGGAGUGAGGAAGAGAACCCUUGGGGUUACAAACCAUGUGGGGAGAGAUGAGUUGAAAUAGCACCUGUGUUUUCUCAGUGAACCUGAAACCUUUCUUCCUGCUAACAGUGACUGUCAUUUCCAGAGUUUUACUGUAGCUGUCUUUUGAGGGACUUGAGACUCUGUAAGGCACACUCACUUCCACAGCUCCUAGGUUUCCAAGAAUAAAUCAAUGCAUGACUUAAUGAUGACUGCUGCAGUAUUUACACCCCUCACAAAUUUUGACCUUCCUCAGCAAAAUGUAAUGGCUAUUUAUAGAAGGGAAUGAUGUGGCAGCCCAGGCUGAGACAUGUAGAAGCCAUGGAGAGAUCCCAGACUCUUCAAGAAUACACUUGGACUUUGUUGUGGAUCUUCUAAUUUAUAAUGACAAUACUACAGGAGCUCUCAUGAAAGACCUACCUCUUGUAGAGGAAAAAUAAUACACUAGAAACUGUUAUUACCUAUCUGCAGGAUUUUCCAAGUAAAUGUUUCUUUUCUGUAUCUUGGAGUAAGAAAACAGCAGUGUUGUAUCAUUCUCAUCCCAAGUAAUGCCAUGAUGUGGUGUGCGAAAACAUCAUUUUUCUGAGAUGGUAGCUCCAAUGAUACAAAAUUAUUAAAUUCUUUGCAUCAGAGAUGAGGAAAAAAGAAAAAGCCAUCUAGUGUACCCUGUCAUACUCAUCCCCAUUUGUCUUUUCUCACUCCACAUUAAAUAAUAAUUGUUGAUGUUCAAACCCAUUUGUGUCAAGGCAAUUGCAGAGGUACUGGUAUGAGCACAUAGCAACAGAUGUGUUGCUGCUUGUAGGGCAUAAUUAUGACACCCUCUGGCUGCAGUGCAGUCUCUUCAUACUCCAUCAGAGACUGGCUUUAUGUCACAAACAGUUAUUUCUACAAAAUAAUAAUAAAAAAAGAAAAAACCCAACUUUGAAUCCUUCAAUUCAGCUACAACUCCUUUGUGAGGCUGUGACAGUGCUUAAUUUCCUUGGUACUGUUUUGCAGCCUGUAAAAUGUCAAUUAGGAAUACUGCCUCACCUCUUUUAAAAUGGGGGGGUUUUUUUUGGGUAUUGUUGGGUCGAGCUCUGCAGUCCUUGCUGUGACAUUGAUGAGGAAGCUGUCCCCAUUGAAUUUCUGAGUCUUCUAAUGGGAGAGCAAUGAGAUUUCUGACCCUACUUAAUGUUUGCAAAGCAUUUCUGAAAGGUGCUUGGUAAGUGCUAGUUAUUACAAGCACUGUGAAAUGUGCCUCAUUUACAUGAGGUCAUUAUGCAUAAAGAUGCUUGGAGAUACAGUAGUUAAGUUUUGUUUUCACAUGGCUUAACCUUGUGACUUUUGCUAUUAGAUGAUCUAGGCCUGUUCCUUUUCUUGGCCUCAUCAAUGUGUUUAUGUUAGGAGGUUGCUGCUAUAUUUAGGCUUUGGUUGAUUUACAAGCAAAGUCCACAAUGACUAACAAGACUCUUGGUGUGCUGAAUAGCUGGAUUAAAUGACCAGCUCUAAAUGAAGUAUUGCAUAUUGAGAAAAAUGAGGUUUUAUGGUUUAAUUUUCUCAGUAUUACUUUCUUCUGUUCACCUAAUAUUUUUAUUUUCCAUUAAGUAAUUUUUCCAUUAAGUCUCCAUUAGAGCCACAUUGCCUGUCUUUGCUUUCAAGGAUUCAUCAGAAACCCAGUGAUGUUGUCAGUGGGAAUGAUGUGGUAAACAAUUAUCUUGUUACUUAUUCCACUACCCUCAAAAGAAUACCACGAAUUUCAUAGCAUGGGGUUUUUAUAAAUGACAGUUCUACUGGUUUUGAAUCUCAUAUAUGUAUUCAUUGAGUUCAAUGUGAGUAAGUUCAGGCUUUUGUUGAAAACUUCUUUAAUCUACUGAGUGAUGAUGCCAUGCUUAAUAAGGGCAUUUUAAUGUAAAUUUGCUUUUGUUUUGGCUAUUUCCAUUGUAUUAUUUUGUAUUGUUUGGAAUUUCAUUUUAAUAACAAAUCAUUGUGAUGAAUUUAGUUUCUUCUUUCUCUCCAGCCAAAUGCAGUACUAAUGACUAUUUGUGAUGCAUCAUUCUGUUAGAUAUGUGGAUGGAAGAAUCAGGGUAACCAUCUACCAAAAUGGUGUAAUUUGGGGUAAAGAUUGUUGGGUUUUGUUUUGUUUUUUUUUUUUAAUUAGCAGUUGUGGAUUCACUCACACAUUGGUAUGUUUGAUGUUUUUUCACACUUACCCUUGCAAUAUGGCCUUUAUAUUCAGGUGUAUGCUUCCUAACAGAUCCAGUAUAGGAUUUCUGAAGCUUCUGAAAUUUUUAAUUUGGCUACACAUGGUCUUACAGUUCUGGCAUAAUGCACUUUAUUAAAAGAAAGAAAAUUAAGCAAUGUGCAAACUGUACUUACUCUUUAUGCAGAUUUUUUCAGGUGAAUUUUUGAUCCACGUCUGUUUAUGUUGUCCUAAAGUACACAUUAAAACCAAUUUAAAGUAACAGUG